AUGAAGUUUCAAGUCAUGGAUCAAGCAGGCUCCUUCGCCGUCCACCCGUCCACAUGUAGUACUGAGCGCGAAAGAAUCCGGGAAUUGUCAAGAUACUACUGUGCAUUAGCUGGUACACGACCAUCUGCGACGCCAAAUCAGGACAAUGAAGAUCUCGAGAGAGCCCCCGCGCACCCCAACGCCCCUCGGGGCGACGAACAACCUACAGCGGGCAACCUUUCGACCGACAUCACCCUGACCGCGUUGGCACAGCUCGGAGUACUUCGUCUCGCCUGCAAUCGGUCGUUUGUGUCGCUCAUCGAUGGCGGCAGCCAACAUAUCAUUGCCGAAGCUACCGCCUCCAUUUCCUUGCGUGAUCAAUCUUCGCACGCGGCCAAUGAUGGGUUGUACCUCGGAGCGCGCACCCUGGAUUUGCUUUGGGGAGUCUGUCCGCAAACCAUCACCUUAUUCACCGGGAGAGACAUGUCCUACGCCAUUGACAACGAAAAUAUCACCGGCAACCGAACCCGCUACAUUAUUCGGGAUCUCCAGCGGGAGGCGUGCUUCAAGGAUCGUCCUUACGUCCGCGACUGGCCCUUCAUGCGAUUUUACGCCGAGGUCCCCAUUUUCAGCCCCUCUGGCCUAGUACUCGGCACCUAUUGCGUGGUGGACGACAAACCUCGGUGCAACUUUGGAGACCAGGAUGUGGCUGUGUUGAGUGAAGUGGCGGAAGCGGUGGCGCGACAUCUCGAGCAUGUUCGCAUUGUUCAUUGUCAUCGCCGAUCCGAGAGACUGAUCAAAGGACUGACGAAUUUCGUCAAAGACCAUGCGGAAUUCGACCCCCGAGAGGUGGCUCAUGACCAUCGAUUAGAAGCAAUGGCAAGUACCCCCCAGGGCAAUUCGUCACCGGCAGAGGCCACUCCGGGUUCCGGCGCGACGUCAAUGAACCAGCAGUUCGGCUUUGUCACAUCCUCCUCUACCAGCUUAUCCGAUCAACCGUCGCCGUUAUUCUUCGCCGGCCCGUCCACAGGAUCGACUGAUCCGUCCUCUCUAAACUCGACUCCUUCCGAGCUGCAGUCGUCCAUUGAGGAAGAAAAUCCGAUGGAUGAUAUAUCGAAAACAGACGCCGAGCUCGUGGCUGAGGGUGCCACCAAUGGUCCUCAUGACUCUCUCGCCGAUCGCACGCCACUGGGAAAUCGAAUUCAACGCAUCUUUCACCGGGCAAGCAUGCUACUCAGGAAAUCAAUGGAUUUGGAUGGAGUGGUGUUUCUCGAUGCUGCCCGCACCAACCCGUCAUUCUUGCCACCCGAGGAUCAGGCAGGCUGGGAGCCUUUACCCACAACCGCAGUGCCUGAAUUCCCCGUGGCACCCUACCCUAGUCCUCUAGGCCGUUCCCCAUCAUAUGCAAAACCAUCGGAAACCUCGUGCGAUAUUCUCAGCAAGGCCUUGAAAGUACGAAAGGGGGAAAGUCUCGAUCUCAAAGCAGACAUCGCUUUUCCAGAGGAUCUCCUGAACUUACUUGUAUCUUCGUUCCCUCAAGGCCAAGUGUUCACCCUGGAUGAGUCUUCCGAGUCCGAAGACUACCUGUCGUAUGAGAAGGGGCCGAACGACUCAGAUCACCAGGCCGAGCUCAUGCAGACGGCGACUCGCCGGCUACGAUAUGUCCUCCCUACUGCCAAUUCGGUGUUAUUCUUCCCGCUCUGGGAUCACAACAAGUCCCGAUGGAUGGCAGGCACCCUGGUCUGGACCCAAGAUCAUCACCGAGCGCUGGGCAUCGAGGAGCUGCAUUAUUUCAAAGUAUUUGGUGAUUCGAUCGUCUCGGAAGUUUCUCGGGCACAUUGGGCGACCACUGAGAAAUCUAAAUUUGAUUUUGUGUCGUCAAUCAGUCACGAGCUUCGAUCGCCACUGCAUGGUAUUCUGGCCAGUGCUGAACUUUUGCAAGCGACGCCUCUCGAGCCAGCCCAGGAGGAAAUGGUGAAGAUGAUCGAGGCGUCCGGGUUGACAUUGCUAGACACAACCGAUCAUUUGCUUGAAUUUUGCAAGAUCAACAACCUGACUCAAGUCAAAAAGGCACGCAAAAAGGAUGGCAAAAAGCAAAGGGAGUCCAGCCUUGAAUCAGAUUUCCACCUUGAUCAUCUAGUUGAAGAGGUGGCCGACAUCUUAUAUACGGGACAAAAUGCGGCAGAAAUCAUGUCUCAGACAGCGCAGUCAUCUUCAUUGAACAAGACAACCGCCAAUUCCCUCGCCGAUUCUGAUGAGACACAAGGAAUGUCCGUGAUUGUGCGAAUCGAGCCACGGCGACCAUGGCUCAUUCGGUCGCCGCCUGGAGCAUGGCGCAGAAUUGUGAUGAAUCUGCUCGGCAAUGCCAUCAAAUGGACAAAGUCUGGAUUCGUCGAGGUGUCUCUGUCGCGAAUGCGGAAUCCAGUGAAUCCUCACAAUCCCAUCGCUCAUCUCUCCGUCACCGAUACAGGUAGUGGAAUCGCGCCCGAGUUCCUUCGACACAAGCUCUUCUCUCCAUUUGCCCAAGAGGACUCCCUUUCAGAAGGCGUGGGAUUGGGACUCAGUAUUGUGCGCCAACUCGUGGCCGCAUUCAAUGGCCAUGUCAACGUGAGAAGCGAGGUUGGUAUUGGAACGCAAGUGGACGUUUACAUUCCGGUGGAGCUUGUUAACGGCCCAGAAGCAAGCCCAGGGUCCUGUCUGUCGCCCGAGGGAAAAGACUGCGAUUCAAUCCCACCACUACGAGCGUGCCUUGUCGCUUUCAACGGAUACCCUGAUCUUCAAGAGACCCCUACUGGCAUGUUGAGUCUUGAAUCCAAGCGGAAGCUGUCGAUCCAAAGUACCUUGGCCGAUGUCUUCAUGUCCUGCUUUGGCUGGACUGUUUCUUUGGCGGAAACGUUGAGUAAAGGAGACGGUGACAUUGCCGUCAUUGAAGAAGCCGUACUUCGGAAAGAAGCCACCGGUCUGGAUUCCUUGGAGGACCUGGCAACCAAGCAUGGCUUCAAACACUUCGUCGUGCUGGGAAGCAAUGCCUCGUUCUUCGAAACGUUCCUUGCGCCCAACUUUGUUUGGGUCUCACAGCCAUUCGGUCCGCAGAAGAUCCAAAGUGCUAUUCAACGGAUUCUAGACCAGGAGAAGAACAGAGAGCUUGCUCCCGCAGCUCCGCCCUCCAUACCUUCGCGUCCUCCCACUACUCCCUUGGGAAACAACAUCUCACCAGCGCGGGAAAGGUUGACUGAAGAAUCGGUGCUUGCAUCAAUGCGACACGCUCCAGCCUCACCCGCGCGACGUGCGCCGUCCGCGGCUUUACCAAUCCGCCCGUCUCAUGAACCACAAAAUGUCCAUGUCCUCGUUGUUGAUGACAACGAUAUCAAUCUCAAAAUCCUCGCCACUUAUAUGCGCAAAAUCGGUUGCAGCUACGAUACCGCUUCCAACGGACUGAUCGCACUGGAAAAGUACAAGGCUUCACCGCGGCGGUUUGAUUUUGUAUUGAUGGAUAUUUCGAUGCCGGUCAUGGACGGAUUGACCUCGACCAGCAAGAUCCGUCAACAUGAGAAGGAACAAAACCUCGAAUCCUCGUGUAUCUUGGCUGUCACCGGUGUUGCAUCGGACAACAUGCAACAACAAGCCCUUGCGGCGGGGAUCAAUGAUUAUCUGAUCAAACCUCUCUCCCUUCGGGGAUUGAGAAAGAUUAUGCACAUUGCAUGA